AGUAGUCGUCAAAAUUAAAUAAAGUCUAGACACAACAUGGCGAAAUCUUUACAAUUUCUGGUGAUUUUAUUAAUUUGCUUGACAAAACUUUAUUAUAUAAAUUGUAAUGAGAAUGUAUUUAUAUCGGGUCUAAAAAAUGUCUAUUAUAUAGAAAGUGAACAAAAGUUCACUUUCUACGAUGCUCUGGCGAAAUGUGCUAGCAUGAACAUGAGUUUGGUAACCAUCGACACUAAAUUAAAAUCUCAAGACAUUACCGCCCUAUUGACGGAUAUAUUUGGCAAAAGAAUACCCCUAUGGAUUGGUGGUGUUGUCAACGGAAACAAUCCUAGACAAUUUGUAUGGCUUGCAACUGGUAAAAAAUUCACUUAUACCAAUUGGGGUCCUAGUCAACCAGAUUUUGCUGGAAAUAAUGAAUAUUGUGCUCAAACUGGCUGGACUAAUGCUAUGGAAUGGAACGAUCAUGUCUGCUCUAAUCAGUACGGGUUUAUGUGUGAAUACAGCCGCUAUCAUCGAUGUCAGGAGGAAAUGCAAACAAAAUUGCAGGAGGAUAUGAAAAAUCAACAGCAUUUUGAGUUGAAAAAAAUUGUAGAGGAUAUGCUGCCAAAAUUUAAAAAUAUUGAUGGUGAAAGUCGAACAUUUCGUGAUAUAAUUUUAAAUAUUAAUCCAUAUAAUAAAUAAAAUCGCCUGAUAAAAGAGUAAUUGCAAAAUAA